AUGGAUGAAUUAGGACCGAGGACCCAGGACCCAGGACCCAGGACCCAGGACCCAGGACCCAGGACCCAGGACCCAGGACCCAGGACCCAGGACCCAGGACCCAGGACCCAGGACCCAGGACCCAGGACCCAGGACCCAGGACCCAGGACCCAGGACCCAGGACCCAGGACCCAUUCUUUCGGCUCCCUUCUCUGGAGUCCAGAGAAAGAAAGAACUGAUCCUUCCCUUCAUUUCUCUCUUCCUUUAUUGUAUUCUGCCUGA